CUUACUCUCUCUCACCAUUAUUCUCAUUCUCAUUCUCAUUCUCACUCUCACACUCGCCCUUCCUCUCGCUCUCCUCCUAGUCACUCAUUCAGUGCUCAUCUCCCCUUCCUCACAAUGUCGUGGUUGUUCGGUUCCUCCAAGACUGAGAAGUCUCCCGCCCCCACCGAGGCCCCCCCCGCCGAGAAGCCCAAGCCCUGCUGUGUAUGCAAAACCGAAAAGACCGCCCGCGACGACUGCAUGCUCUUCUCCAAGACCGACGACCCGACGCAGGAGUGCAAGUCCAUGAUUGAGCAGUACAAGGCCUGCAUGGGGGGAUAUGGGUUCAAGGUCUAACUAAUUCUUCGACUUCGUCUGCUUGAUCCUCCGAGUAUGAUUGAUCGAUGACAAACUAUCCGUUCGUUGGACUGGAAUCCGCUUGAGAUCCACCGGAUUGAAUUAAAUGAACAUAGACCAUACCGUGUGUCUGAUUGAGCGUGUGCAAAUAUGUCUGGUUCUAUCUGGUGUUGGGGAAUGAAAUAGGGUUGGUCUCUGGGUUAUGAACUGUAUAUUACUAUUGCUUGUUGAUAUAUUAUUGUUGCUCCAUCUAAUGCGUCGGGGCUAUCUCUUCUCUCGUUUUGGCA